AAGCAAUGGCGGCUUCCAUGGAUUGUGUCUAAGAUUGUUUACUUUGUAAUUUUGUAUUUACCUGAUAUAAGUACAUUUUAUAUUUGCUCAUAAAAUGGAAACCCUUAAGGUUUUAAAAGAAAAAUCGCAGAAAAGAAGGCAACUUUUAGCUCAACAGCUCGGAGCUGGAAGCACGGAGAAUUUAAGCUCUAUUCUUGGAAGUAAAGAUGAUCGUAUAGCAAGCUCAUCUCUUAAAAAGACGAAAACGGAAUUAGAAGCUGCAUACAGUGCAGAACGUAUUAAAGAAGAGAUCAAAGCGGCAGAAUUACCGUUGUGUGGUAAUCCUCCAAAUGAAAGUGAUGAUGUAUCUGAAGUAAGAACUUACACAGACUCGAGUACCUUUUUAAAAGGAACACAAAGUGCAAAUCCUCAUAAUGAUUACUGUCAGCAUUUUGUAGAUACUGGGCAACGACCACAAAAUUUUAUUAGAGAUGUUGGACUUGCUGAUCGUUUUGAAGAAUAUCCGAAAUUAAAAGAGCUUAUUAGGUUAAAAGACGAUCUCAUAGCUAAAACUGCUACACCACCCAUGUACUUAAAAUGUGACCUUGAAGCUUUUGACUUUCGAGAAUUACAUUGUAAGUUUGAUGUCAUACUUGUUGAAGCACCUUUAGAGGAAUACCAAAGAACCUACGGUAUGACGAACAUGAAAUUCUGGACUUGGGAAGAGAUUAUGAAGCUUGAAAUUGAGGAAGUAGCUGCACCUCGCUCUUUUAUUUUUUUAUGGUGUGGAUCAUCAGAUGGACUUGAUUUAGGACGUCAGUGCUUAAGAAAAUGGGGUUUUCGGAGAUGUGAAGAUAUUUGUUGGAUUAAAACUAACAUAAAAAAUCCUGGUCAUUCAAAAAACUUAGAGCCUAGAGCUAUUUGUCAAAGAACAAAGGAGCAUUGCUUAAUGGGCAUAAAAGGUACCGUUAGAAGAAGUACUGAUGGGGAUUUCAUUCACGCAAAUAUUGAUAUUGAUCUUAUAAUAUCAGAAGAACCAGAGUACGGGAGCAUUGCCAAGCCAGAAGAAAUCUUCCACAUCAUUGAACACUUUUGUCUUGGUAGACGUCGUUUGCAUGUCUUUGGCAGGGAUGUCACAGUUCGACCUGGUUGGCUGACCAUUGGACCUGCUCUCACAAACAGCAAUUUUAACGUUGAAACAUAUAAUUCCUAUUUCAAUAAGGGUGCUGAAGAUUACCUGACGGGCUGUACUGAGCGAAUCGAAGCCCUUCGCCCUAAAUCUCCUCCAUUGAAAUCUAAAGGAGGUGGAGGUGUAGGGACUUCUAAUCGAGGAGCCAAUUCUCGCGGUGGAAGCAAUCGUUCGAAGAAUUUUGGUGGACGUGGUAGAGGAUCACAUAGAGGAAGACAAUGAAAGAGAAAGACAAUUUUAAGUCAGCAAACAAAAAAGUAUUUUAUGAUUUUUAAGUAUUUUUGUGCUGUAGUUACUUGAAAAAUAAAAUUUUUUAAUCUUUCACUUGA